UUUAUGAAUGGUCAGAAGUUUCCAUUUAUCCAUCAAUAAAUUCCAUUAAUUCUGGUGCACAAAACGAGGUGGAAUUCUGCAAAUGCACCAUGUCUGUAUAGCUCCUCGUCUGCGAACUAUUUUCUCUCUGCAGCGCACACCAGACGAACUUUCUUUUCUGUAUUCUUUAUAAGGGCCGAAAGCGAGCGCGUAUGCCAAUGGCCACUAAGCAGUGACGCAAAGACACUGCCUAUGGGCAAGUCCGCAACACGCGCUCUGGCUCACUCAAAGCACUUCCAGCAUCUCGACCGGGACAGUUUGCUGCGGGACAUGGAGAAGACAAAUCCCUCGCGACUGGACCAGUGCCAUUAUCUGUCCAAGCAAGAGAAUCACAAAAAAUGGAAACUACAUUCGGUGAAGUGACGACAGCGAAGAACAAACGGUAAUGGUCCCUGAAUACCGAGCAGCAUAAUUGAAUCCAACCAUCCCUCCUCCACUUGUUGGUGCCAAGACUUGCCAUGGUGUAUGGGCAGAUUCUUCACAGAUGGGGCCCAGAAGAUGGCUUCAUCAACUUAAAUGUUGGUGGCUACAAGCACAAGGUGUCACGUAGCCUUCUCCUCUGCUUUCCCCACACCCGCCUCGGACGUCUUCUCUUCUGCCACUCCGAAGAGGCCAUCUUGGAGCUGUGCGACGACUAUGGCGGAGCGGAGCGCGAGUACUACUUCGACCGCAACCCGCGCUUCUUCCUCUACGUCCUCAACUUCUACAACACGGGGAAGAUUCACCUGAUGGAAGAGCUGUGUGUCUUCUCCUUCAGCCAGGAGCUGGAGUACUGGGGGAUCAAAGAACUGCACCUGGACUCCUGCUGUAGCAACAAGUUUCAGGAGCAAAAGGAGUGUGUUGAGUCAGGGGACUGGGACCGGGGAAGUGACGAUCAGCAGCAGAAUCAGAUGCAAGGCAGCUGUGACUCCUCCAUGGAGGAGCUGUCUGCUUUUGACAAGGACGUGGAGAAGUUCGAGGGCACCUGGUGCUCUGAGUGGCGCAAGUACAUCUGGCUGCGUCUGGAGAACCCCGGGUACUCCAAUUCUUCUAAGGUUAUUGCCGUGGCCUCCCUGAGUGUGGUGCUCACCUCUAUUGUUGCCAUGUGUGUGCACAGUAUGCCUGAGUUCCAGCAGGUGGAUGCCAAUGAUAAGGUGAUUGAAGAUCCAGUGCUGGCUGUUUUUGAGACAGUGUGCAUCAUCUGCUUUUCCUUUGAGUUCAUUAUUCGCAUGGUGGUGACCCCAAGCCUGCGCAAGUUCUCCUGCAACACGCUCAACAUCAUCGACUUUGUCUCCAUCAUUCCAUACUUUGCCACGCUGGCCUUUGACCCAGUGGAGGAAGAAAAUGAGGAGCUUGAAAAUAUGGGCAAGGUGGUGCAGGUCCUGCGGCUCAUGCGCAUUUUCCGUAUCCUUAAGCUGGCGCGCCACUCCGUGGGUCUGCGUUCUCUCGGUGCCACCUUGCGUCACAGCUACAACGAGGUGGGCCUGCUGCUGCUUUUCCUUUCUGUGGGCAUCUCCAUCUUCUCUGUGCUGAUCUACUUUGUUGAGAGGGAGGAUGAAGAAUCAGAGCUGCAGAGUAUUCCAAUUGGUUGGUGGUGGGCAACUAUUACCAUGACCACAGUGGGCUAUGGAGACACAUAUCCUGUCACGUUUGCUGGGAAGCUGAUCGCCACGCUUUGUAUCAUCUGUGGUCUUCUUGUGGUCGCCCUUCCCAUAACCAUCAUCUUUAAUAAAUUUUCCCUCUACUAUCAGAGACAGAAGGCACUGGAUGCCAACCAAGACAAAAAUGAGAUUAAGGUUCCUGACCCUAGUCUGCUGCACUUCCAUGUUAAUAACCUCUACUCACAAAAUAUGCACUCUUUUAUCGCCGGCCUGUCCUCUAGAAGUAGUAUUGGCAGCGGCGGUGACGCCACAGAUGCAUCCAGCAUUCAAGACGUAGAGACAGUUUACCCUGUGGUAUGAGUGUAGACCACGGAGAGAAGACAGUCCUCUACACCAGGGAGAACAGAGAACAAGAGAUAGAGGAAAAAAUAAACACAAAGCACUUUCAGCAACUCAGGGCAAAAGCACUGUUCUCCCAGUAUUCUGUGCCCUUUGGGCAGCACUGGCAACACGGUCAAAGAGCCAUCUCAACACAGACUCAUCAUCACUUGCUGCUUUGCAGCACCGGUUAUAUAUAGGUCACUGUUGUCAGGUCAGGAAACAGAUUUAUUGCUGAAAGCAAAGAUCUUAUGGUCUGUACUUUCAUUAAUGCUUGGAAGGUAAUCAAUUUGGGAAGGAAAUGUUUCUUAGAAAAAUACAUCAGAUGUUUGACAUGUAAUGGCAUGUUACUGCAUUCUUCUUAACCUUCGUCUUUGUAAUCGAUGAGUGCAUGUGUUAAGGCUGAGGAUAGAAUGGGCAUAUUGAUUGAAUAAAGUGCUAUCUGUAUCAUGUG